AUGGCUGCGUCUAAUUCUUCAAAAUUGUUUCGGCUUGGUCGUUCAUUGGUAGGUGGUCUCAGCAACAAUUGUCUUGGGACAAUCAGGUCAUCAUGUGAGAUGAUGUGCAAUGAUUUCUUAUCUCAGCAACAAAGGACAUUCAUACAGAUGAGGACCAAUCUCAAAGUGGUGGAUAAUUCAGGUGCAAAAAGAGUAAUGUGCAUACAGGCAUUGAAGGGAAAGAAAGGGGCGAGAUUGGGGGACACAAUAGUUGCAUCAGUAAAGGAAGCACAGCUAGGUGGGAAAGUGAAAAAAGGGGAGGUUCAUUAUGCUGUUGUGGUUCGUGCAGCAAUGCAGCGGGGUCGAUGCGAUGGGAGUGAAGUGAAGUUCGAUGACAAUGCCGUAGUACUUAUCAACAAGCAAGGCGAACCAAUAGGAACGAGAGUGUUUGGCCCUGUUCCACACGAGUUGAGAAAAAAGAAGCAUGUCAAGAUUCUUAGUCUAGCUGAGCAUAUUGCCUGA